GAUGAAUAAGAUUAAAAAGUGGCAAUGCCUUGAUUCUUCCGCUUUUCAUUAUAAGUUUCAUUGCUGAUAGUAGCACGUAGCAACUCGAUAGGUUUUAAACACAGAACUCCGAACCACGUGUGAACCACGAUGCAUUCAUCCGAAGUCUUAGGAGAGAAGCAUAGCGCAAAAAAAUCUAAGAAAUCACUGGGAGACAUACAGGGAGAUGGCAACUUUGUCAUAGAACCAUCAGAAAAGCCAGUAGCCAAACUUGAUUGUUCACAGUGGCCGUUGUUACUUAAGAAUUUUGACAAGUUGAACACCAGAACAAAUCACUAUACACCUCUUCCUAACGGCUGUUCACCGCUGAAGAGACCAAUUAAGGAUUACAUUCACGGUGGUUUUAUUAAUCUUGACAAGCCGUCAAAUCCAAGUUCACAUGAAGUAGUUGCUUGGAUUAAGAGAAUAUUGAGGUGUGAAAAAACAGGCCAUUCUGGCACCCUGGAUCCUAAAGUGACUGGGUGUUUGAUUGUCUGCAUUGAUCGUGCCACAAGAUUGGUUAAAUCUCAACAGGGUGCUGGUAAAGAGUAUGUUGCCAUUUUUAAGCUUCAUUCCUCUGUUGAAGACACAAACCAGAUUCCAAGAGCUCUGGAAAAAUUGACUGGAGCCCUCUUCCAGAGGCCUCCACUUAUUUCAGCCGUUAAGCGGCAGCUCCGCGUGCGUACCAUAUAUCAAUCCAAGUUCUAUGAAUAUGACGCAGAGAGAAAUAUGGGUAUUUAUUGGAUUAGCUGUGAAGCCGGAACAUAUGUUCGUACCCAUUGCGUCCAUCUCGGAUUGGUGUUGGGCGUAGGUGCUCAGAUGGCGGAACUUAGGAGAGUGCGAUCUGGGAUACAAAGUGAGAAAGAAGGUUUAAUGACGAUGCACGAUGUCAUCGAUGCCCAAUGGUUACAUGAUAAUCAUAAGGACGAAACGUAUUUGAGAAGAGUGAUUCGACCCCUUGAAGCGUUGAUGAUGUCUCACAAACGUAUCAUCAUGAAAGACAGUGCUGUGAAUGCCGUUUGUUAUGGAGCCAAAAUCAUGCUACCGGGUGUACUGCGAUAUGAAAACGGAAUUGAGUUGAAUGAGGAGAUCGUGAUAGUCACUACCAAAGGUGAAGCUAUCGCUCUCGCCAUUGCAUUGAUGACGACUACAACUAUGGCUUCGUGUGACCAUGGAAUAGUGGCCAAAAUUAAGCGUGUAGUCAUGGAGCGUGACACCUACCCUAGGAAAUGGGGAUUAGGGCCUAAAGCUUCUGUGAAAAAAUCUAUGGUGAAACAAGGAUUGUUGGACCAGUAUGGAAAGCCAAAUGAUAAAACACCCAAAGAUUGGUUAACCACAUACGUUGAUCUUAACAAUGUCAAGAAGGAAAAAGUUGAACAGUGUGAUGUUGAAGAUCGAAAGCGAAAGUUGAGUGAAACGAGUGUGGUCGCUGAGGCACAGUUAGAAUCAAUGCCGGAAACAAAAGAAAAGAAAAAGAAGAAAAAGGAUAAGGAAAGGGAAUCGCUUGGUGACGGUAGUGCAUCCCUCGGGUCGUUACCUGAAACAAAAGAAAAAAAGAAGAAGAAGGAUAAGGUCUCAACCAAUGAUGAGUCAUUGAAUGUAGAGGACAACACAGCAAUUCAGGAGCCUGAGUCAGGAAAGAAGAAGAAGAAAAAGAAGGAUUCAGAACAUAAUGACUGAGCGCCAUUGAAAUAACUUAAUGGAUUAUGUUUGCAAAAAAAAAAUAAACGUUUCAUUUUACAUCUUC